CCCGAGUUGAACGUCAAUCCAAUUGAUUCGGAUGGCGGAGCUGUCUAACUGGUCUCUCCAUACUACUUUCGGCGUCAUUCAUAUGCAGGCACGAAUCUUCAAACUGUAGCAGUCGCAUAUUUGCAAUUGAGCACUUGGAAUUUCCAACUUGCUCUUCCAUUCAAUGCACAACUUCUUGCCAGAACAGUGGGGCGAUGGACCUUGCUUAACGAUUGUUAGGACCCUUAUUUACAGCCCGCCCCUGAAGAUCUGACUUGGUCCCAACACCGCACGCGCCAGCCAGGCUAAGAAGGCUAAGAACCGGGGCGGCGCUGUCAUCUCGAAUACCAUGCGAGCAAAUGGUUUCCUUGGUUUCCUCGUGACUUUUCGCAUAGCGCCACGUUCUCCCUCACCUUGGCGCAGAUUUUGUCUCAAACCUCGUCAAGCCUUUUUUUCUUGUUUGUUAUUUUCUCCCCUAACCACGGCUCAGAUGCGUUCGUGGGUCGCUCAUUGUACCGUCGCUCCUUUUGUUUCUUUAGUGUCCAGGUCGAGUCCCCGGAUGAAGCCACACGAGACCUUUUACAUAUAGUUUCCUCUCAGCCGACAGGGGUUUUGUAAUCUAAGCCCGUCCAAAACUCAUCAGCGAUGGUGGCCUUCUUUUCGCCUCGCCGCAUGGGCAAGCGUCUAAUUCUUGUCUUGGCGCUUGCCCUAACCGGAACCUUCUUCCUGUCCCAGAUCCUCAUUACCUUCUCGUCCUCGACGCCAUCCCCCAUUGGAACGGAGCAGCAAACGUCAUGGACGUCCGGCUGGUUCCGUCAGGACUGGGCGCGCAGGAAGGAGAAGUUCCCCGUGAACAGGUCCUUAAUGGUCCGACCGCCAUCGGGGCCUCCACGACAACUGCCGCGGGUGCAGCACAAGUUUGCAGCCCCUGACGCAGAAUUCCGGAAGCUGCAGGCAACCAGGCAGGCGGCCGUGAAACAAGCCUUUGAAAAGUCUUGGGGCAGCUACCGUCAAUACGCCUGGGGAUACGAUGAGCUGCGCCCCGUGACGCUUGAAGGUCAUAAUAGCUUUGCUGGCUGGGGAGCCACGCUCGUUGACAGUCUCGACUCGCUUUGGAUCAUGGGAAUGAAGGAUGAUUUUGCCGAGGCCGUAAAGGCUGUCCAAAAAAUCAACUGGUUCAAGUCGAGCGGUCCCAUGUGCUCACUCUUUGAAACUAACAUUCGCUACCUUGGCGGGUUACUUUCGGCCUAUGAUUUGAGCCAGGAAAAAGUGCUGCUUGACAAGGCCGUAGAGCUGGCACAUAUGCUUUACGCAGCGUUUGACAACCAGUACAGACUGCCAGUCAAUGCAUUCUUUUUUACAGACGCAUGGAAUGGAGACCUUCAGCUCUCGUACAGGGAAGUGGCCGCAGCAGUCGGUUCCAUGUCCCUCGAAUUUACCAGAGUGGCUCAGCUCACGGGUGAUCCAAAGUUCUACGACGCCAUUGACAGGAUCAAGGUUCACUUGAGCAUUUCCCAAAACGAGACACGUGUGCCUGGGCUGUGGCCCAUUUCCUUUGAUUUGCACGACGGCUUCUCUGCACAGGAUACCAUGUUCACACUUGGUGCGCAGGCGGACUCGCUGUAUGAAUAUCUGCCAAAGAUGUACGCCCUUCUUGGUGGACUGGACCAAACGUAUGCCACUAUGCACAAAACUGCAAUGGAUGCAGCCGAAAAGCACAUACUAUUCAGACCGAUGAUACCCGACAAGGACGUGGACAUUUUGUUCUCCGGAAACCUUAGAGCCUAUGUCUCUGCAGGCGAUCUCCAGAUGACGCCUGAAGUCCAACAUCUUGGCUGCUUUACCGGCGGUAUGUACGCGCUCGGAGGCCGUCUGCUCAAUAAUGACAGCCACGUCGAGCUGGGGAAGCAGCUGGCUCGCGGCUGUGCCUGGGCAUAUAAGGCUACCGUCUCGGGCAUCAUGCCCGAGGUUGCAUCCAUGGUGGCAUGCGAGGAGCCCAAGCUGGGCAAGUGUAAAUGGAACAAGUCCAUCUUCGAGGCCAAGGGUGGCAAGUACCGAACCGAAGGAAUGCCCCCGGCGUUCGCGAGCAUCACAGACUACCGGUACAUAUUGAGGCCCGAAGCCAUUGAGAGCGUCUUUGUUCUCUAUCGCAUCACGGGCGACCAGAAAUGGCUGGACUGGGCCUGGGCAAUGUUUCAGUCGAUCAAAAAGGCCACCGAGACCGAGAAGGCAUUUUCCGCAAUUGCAAAUGUAUUGGCGCCUGACGCUCGCGGGAACAAGGCCAAUGGAAUGGAGAGUUUUUGGUUGGCAGAGACGCUCAAAUACUUUUACCUAAUCUUCUCUGACCCGGACCUGAUAAGUCUGGAUGACUAUGUACUCAACACGGAAGCACACCCUUUGAAGAUUCCCAAGCCCACAUAGGAGAUGGCGGCAUGGGGCUUUUGGGACCAUGGAAAGAGUAGGGCAUGAACCAAGCGAUCUAAUCAAGUAUCGCCACAACGCCUUGUAUUCUAGCCAAGGUCUAUCGCAGAGCAAGCUUUAACAGAUAAUUAAUAUGGCGAGGCAUAGAGGUCUCGUAAAAUGACAUGUCAUUUUUUUUUCUCUUUUUUUCGGAAGGGGCUGGGGGACAACUUCGGCGAAACGGAGCAUAUACAGAAAUUCACCGUACCUCCGAGGGGCUAAGCAGAGCGUUGGGUGUCUGCCACCAGAAGCUGCGAGCUACGCGACAUUGACAGCAAGACUUGAUGAACAGAAAAUAUUACAGCUUAUUAGUCGAAAGUCAUAGGUUCUAAUCUUCAUUCUCCGAGGUCCCCGGAGCAAACAUCGGAGCCGAGUCUGCGUCAUCCUUGUCGACUGGUGGGGACUAGCAAAGGCUACUGAAAGUUACUACGGGCAAUUCAGGCUUUGACAAGUCUAGGUCUGCCGGGAUCGGACCUCAAAAUAUAGACCAACAACUAGAAUAGACCUAAU